AUGAGCCAGGGCGGAGGGACGGGCAGCGAGAGCGGAGAGCCUGAGGCCAAAGUGCUGCACACCAAGCGGCUGUACCGAGCGGUGGUGGAGGCCGUGCAUCGCCUGGAUCUCAUCCUUGGCAAUAAAGCAGCGUACCAGGAGGUGUUCAAGCCCGAGAACAUCAGCCUGAGGAACAAGCUGCGGGAGCUGUGCGUGAAGCUGAUGUUCUUGCAUCCCGUGGAUUAUGGCAGAAAAGCAGAAGAGCUGCUCUGGAGAAAGGUUUACUAUGAAGUUAUCCAACUCAUCAAGACGAAUAAGAAGCACAUCCACAGCCGCAGCGCCCUGGAGUGCGCCUACCGCACUCACCUGGUGGCCGGCAUUGGGUUCUACCAGCACCUGCUGCUCUACAUCCAGUCCCACUACCAGCUGGAGCUGCAGUGCUGCAUCGACUGGACGCACGUGACGGACCCGCUGAUGGGCUGCAAGAAACCCGUGUCUGCGUCGGAGAAGGAGAUGGAGUGGGCGCAGAUGGCGUGCCACCGAUGCCUGGUUUACCUCGGGGAUCUGGCACGCUACCAGAACGAGCUGGCAGGUGUGGACACGGAGCUGCUGGCCGAGCGCUUCUACUACCAGGCGCUGUCUGUCGCGCCGCAGAUCGGCAUGCCCUUCAAUCAGCUGGGGACGCUGGCUGGGAGCAAAUACUACAACGUGGAGGCCACGUACUGCUACUUACGCUGCAUUCAGUCUGAAGUGUCCUUCGAAGGCGCCUCCGGGAACCUGAAGCGGCUGUACGACAAAGCGGCCAAAAUGUACCAGCAGCUGAAGAAGUGUGAGAGCAGGAAGCUGUCCCCCAGCAGGAAGCGCUGCAAAGACAUUAAGAGGCUGCUGGUGAGCUUCAUGUACCUGCAGAGCCUUCUGCAGCCCAAGAGCAGCUCUUUGGAUUCUGAGCUGACGUCUCUGUGCCAGUCCGUGCUGGAGGAUUUCAACCUGUGCUUGUUCUACCUGCCUUCCCCUCCCAACCUGAGCUCAGUGAGUGAGGAUGAGGAGGAGUACGAGAGCGGCUACUCCUUCCUUCCCGACCUGCUCAUCUUCCGCAUGGUGAUCAUCUGCUUCAUGAGCGUGCACAGCCUCAGGCGUGCAGGCUCCAAGCAGUACAGUGCAGCCAUUGCUUUCACGCUGGCCCUCUUCUCUCACCUCAUCAACCACGUCAACAUUCGCCUGCAGGCAGAGCUGGAGGAGGGGGAGAACCCGGUGCCGGCGUUCCGCAGCGAUGGCACAGAUGAGCUGGAGCCGCGGGAGCCCCUCAGCUCCGUGGAGAAGGAAGGUGAGGCAGAGCUGCCCAAUCACCACCCCAGAGACGAGGAACGGAAGCACGACUGCAAGAAAAGCAAGAAAUACUCACGGCUUUCCUGCCUGCGCCGCCGCCGGCACCCGCAGAAGGCGGAUGAGAGCGACCUGAGCGAGGGCUUCGACUCCGACUCCAGCCAGGGCUCCACGAAGGGCAGCGACGGCUCCGAGAGCGGCUCGGAGAAGAGCGACGAGGAAGCAGAGGCUGCUUUUGAUGUGGAGACAGACUCUGACAUGAACAGCCAGGAGUCGCGGUCCGACUUGGAGGACAUGGAGGACGAGCCGGGCAAGGAGGGCAGCGAGCGGGGCCAGAGCGGGGCCAGGGAGGGCCUAAAAAACGGCGUGGAUGGCAGCGGGUCGGGGGACUGCAAGAACACCAGCAGCUCUAAAAUGGAGAGUGCGGAUCCAGCCAUCAAUGGGCCCGUGUCCCUGAGUGCCAGCGACGCCAGCAUCGCCAGCAACCUGCAGGCCAUGUCCACACAGCUCUUCCAGACCAAGCGCUGCUUCCGCUUGGCCCCCACCUUCAGCAACAUCCUCCUGAAGCCCAGCACCGAGCCGCCCGCCUUGAAGGGCAGCUUGGAUGGCAAGCCCUGCAUCAACGGCGAUGUGGAGAAGCCCGGCUUGGCAGAGCAAGACAACGUGUCUGACUCCGAGGAGAGCGUGUUGAGCACCAAGUCGUGCAGGAACGAGCGGUCCCUGCAGGAGAAGCUGGAGAUUGUGAGCAACGAGGGGCUGCUGCUCACCGUCAAGGUGUUCCUGGACUGGCUGAGGACGAACACGGACUUCAUCAUCAUGUGUGCUCAGAGCUCCCAGAGCCUAUGGAACAGGCUGUCCGUGCUCCUCAACCUGCUGCCUUCUGCUGCCGACCUGCAGGAGUCAGGGCUGGAGCUGUGUAAGGAGGUGAGGGAGGUGCUGAGCGGGGCGGAGCUGCCGGAGCUGCGUGCCAACCUGCUGCUCCCUGAGGACGUGGCUCUGCGAAAUCUGCCCCCUCUGAGGAACGCACACAGGAGGCUGAACUUCGAGCAGGACCGCCCCAUCUUCUCAGCAGUGGAGGAGUCCGUCGUUCGGAUCUGCUGCAUCCGGAGCUUCGGGCACUUUGUCACACGGCUGCAGGGCAGCAUCCUGCAGUUCAACCCGGAGCUGGGGAUCUUCAUCAGCAUAGCGCAGUCGGAGCAGGACAGCGUGGUGCAGCAGGCCCAGGCCCAGUUCCACAUGGCCGCAGAGGAGGCUCGUCGGAACCGGCUGAUGAGAGACAUGGCUCAGCUCCGCCUGCAGCUGGAGGUGUCUCAGCUGGAGGGCAGCCUGCAGCAGCCCAAGGCACAGUCAGCCAUGUCUCCGUACCUCGUGCUGGACGCGCAGGCGCUCUGCCAGCACCUGGCCGUGGUCAAGCAGCUGGCCAGCAGCGGGAGGUUCAUCAUCAUCAUCCCACGGGCAGUGAUCGACAGCUUGGAUUUCCUCAAGAAGGAGAACGCCGGCGCCCGGGACGGCAUCCGCUACCUGGAGGCGGAAUUUAAAAAGGGAAACCGGUACAUUCGUUGCCAGAGAGAUGUUGGGAAGAGCUUUGAGAGGCACAAAUUGAAGAGACAAGACUUGGAUGCGUGGAACCUCUAUAAGAUCCUGGACAGCUGCAAGCAGCUGACGGUGUCCCAGAGCAGCGGGGAUGAUGACACCACAGGGAUGGUCACCAUCAUCACAGGCUUCCAGCUGGAGGACCCCAGCGCGCUCUCAGCGCCCAUGCAGUCUGCCAUCCAAGCAGCCGCUGGCGCCAGCGUGGAAGUGAAGAACAUCCUGGAGUUCUACAAGCAGUGGAAAGAGAUGGGCUGAUGUUCAGCGGGGCGUCAGCGUUCAGCCCCGGAGAGCAGAGCGGAGCUGCCGGAGGGGGAUGGAGAGCAGCGUGGGAUCGGCCGCCGCUUCGGCUCCCGACACAGGGAUGGAUGGGAGCAGCGGGCGCCUGCAGAAAGGAUCCGCCGCCUCUUCUCUUUUUUUUUUUUUUCCUUUUGGUUUUUCCCUUUUUUCUUUUUUUUUUUUUCCCUCUUUUUGUUGUGGCUGAAAUCCUCACCGUGAGGUUUGCGGAGGGGGGAUGGAGGAUCCCGGAGCCGUCCUCCCUUCUGCUGUGAGACCACCGUGUGGGGGGGGCACAGCUCAGACCCCCGGACCCCCCCUCCUCCUCACAGCCCCAUGGGGGGUUGAGCUGCCGAGCCCAGCGCUCGGAGAGAGGCAGGGAGCGCUCAGUGUGCAGCGCUGGGAGAGCAGUGCCCCCCGGGAGCUCGGGGCUCCAGAAGAGCAGCGCCCCACGCAAAGGAGCUCAGAGCUCCGGAAGCCCAAAUCCCCACGUGAAGGACCUGCAGCACCAAGACGAGCAGUUCCCCGUGUGAAGGUCCCCUCCGAGCUCCACGAGGAGAACAUCUCCACGUGAAGGACCUCUUCCAUCUCCAGGAGCCCAUUCCCCCCUCGAAGGACCCCUUGCAGCUCCAGAAGAGCAGCUCCCCACACGAGGGCCCUCGGAGCUCCGUCCUGCCCGCACCGCCCCCCGUGCCCCACACCUGGACCCCCGUGCAGCCCGUGGGACAGCAGGAGGAGCACUGCAGCACGUUUCUCUGUGCCAUGGCACCCAGCAGCUCGUCUCCAUCGGGUGAGCUGCAGCAGCAAUGCAAACUCCUGCAGCACUGGUAUGAACUGCAGCAGCCGAGGGAGCACCGUGCAGGUGGUUGGAGCGACGUUGCUGCACACAUUUUCCCCCAGCCCGUGUUGUGCUGCAGCAUUCGGGACGUUCCCUCCUUUCAGCGAGCAGCCGGGGGCGCUGCGCCCGUUUCCUUGGCGGUGUGUUGGGUCCCAGCUGGGAUGCUGCGCCGUGGGGCUGAGGUGGGAGCGGAGGGAUCCCCCGUGGGUUCUGGGGUCCCCCGUGGGUUCUGUGUUCCAUUUCGCAGCUCUGCGGUGCCCGGAAGCGAGCAGAGCUCUGUGCCGCUCUGUUGGCUCCUCAGCUUUGUUUGCUGGGGCAGAGGAGCAGCAAGCGUUGUGCUGUGGGGUGUGAGCCGUGCCCCCCCCAGUGCUGUGCAGUUUGGGAACAGAGCUGUAGGUUUGCUGGUGCUGCACUCUUUGGGGUCCCACCCCACGACCUGAGGGCUGCCCCAAAAAGCUGUCGCUGUGUUGUCCCCAUCCCUCCGUGCCCCCUUCGGGUUGUGGGAUGGCCGUGUGGCCACAGAGCAGAGGAGGAAACCUUCAGAGUGGUGCUGGGAUGUCAAACUGCAUCGUGCUGGGGGGGUGGAGCAGGGAGGGGGGGCUGCAGCUUUCUGAGACCCCCAACCCCAUCCCUGCUCCUCUGGGACGGGCAGAUGGAGGUGGGGGGGGGUGAUGGGCACUGAUGGUGGCUGCAGCCCCACACGCUGUGCUGAACUGUGCUGCACCCACUGCACUCAGGACUCGGCUGUGGGCUCCCCCCCCCACCCCCCAAUGCUAUGGGGAGCAGAGCAAAAAGUGGGGCAGGGGAGGGGAAAGAAGAAGGCUGCAAGUGCUGCUCGUAAUGCACUGCGUGUUUUCUGCG